CCGCACAGCUCUCGCGCGAUCAGGGAGGUGGGAAGUAUGUGAGGCUGGGGGUGGGGGUGCGCCGCACCGCUCUUGUAGCUGUCGCGGCUUCCGGUGCUAGGUGGAGGGAAGGAAGGAGGGAGCGGCGGAGCGGACCAGGGGGGCAGCCGCGCUGAAGUCGGCUUGGGGAGCCGGAGGGAGCGGAGCGAGAGUCGAGUGGAAUCUGAAGGGCCGAGGCGGCGGCCGCUGCGGAGCAGCCGGGAGCCGGAACAGGAUCAAAUCCUCCAUUCCAGGGACCAGGACAAAACCAGACUCUUAACUGCCUCCACUUGGACCUCACUGUCUUCAAAACACAGCUGCUGUGAUCAUGGGCAAUAUCUUUGGAAACCUUCUCAAAAGCCUGAUUGGGAAGAAGGAGAUGCGCAUCCUGAUGGUGGGCCUGGAUGCUGCAGGAAAGACCACCAUUCUGUACAAGCUGAAACUGGGGGAGAUCGUUACUACCAUCCCUACUAUUGGGUUCAACGUGGAAACAGUGGAGUAUAAGAACAUCAGCUUUACAGUGUGGGAUGUGGGUGGCCAGGACAAGAUUCGACCCCUCUGGAGACACUACUUCCAGAAUACCCAAGGGUUGAUAUUUGUUGUGGACAGCAAUGAUCGGGAGCGAGUAAAUGAGGCCCGGGAAGAGCUGAUGAGGAUGCUGGCUGAGGAUGAGCUCCGGGAUGCUGUGCUCCUUGUCUUUGCAAACAAACAGGAUCUGCCUAAUGCUAUGAAUGCUGCUGAGAUCACAGACAAGCUGGGCCUGCAUUCCCUGCGUCACCGCAACUGGUACAUUCAAGCCACCUGUGCCACCAGUGGGGAUGGGCUGUACGAAGGCCUGGACUGGCUGGCCAAUCAGCUCAAAAACAAGAAGUGAGAGCCAGGCAGCCCUAUCCGAGUGCCCCACCCACCCCUGACAUACCUGUUGACUCCCCCACUCCAGCCCUAGCCCUUCCUUCCCAUUGCAAGUGUGGCCAGGGACCUGGGUGUCAUGUCCGCAUGCCCAGCAAGAGCCUUGCCUCCCCAGUCUCCCCUCCUGUCCCCUGUCCACCGACACGACCAGUCCCCACUUGCUGUCCUGUUGAUGAAUCAUUCCAAUUUAUUGGAUUUAAAACAAAAACAAGGUUGUUAUGGUUUCAUGGGGUGGCCCCUCUCUCACCCUCUGGGUUUCAGGGUGGGGUAUUCUCUUCAUUUGCUUCAUUUGGCACUGGUUGCUGUGCUCUUGGCAUAUGAGUCCUUUCCUUGUCCCCACAAGUCCCUCUCCUACUCCUUGUCUUCCUUUCCUUCACCACCCUCUGCCAGUUCUACAUGGAAAUUGCACGGGCCUCUCUGUGUGUGCGUGCAUGUGUGCACCUGUAAAUACAUGUAUAGAGAGAUAUAUAUGUGGGGCUGGGGGAAGGAGUGGAGUACAGCUCAGGGCUUAUAGCCAGGAUGCUGCCCACUGGAGCCUAUCAUCUGCUCCUUCCAUAUUAGUGAGAUAAAGGGAAGAAGGUAGGGGGGAAGGUAUUGGUCAGGCUGGACUGCUCUAGUCUUAGACUGAUUUCCCGCUUCUCCAAAGGUAGGUUAUCCUGGCUGGUAGGACAGAUGAUGGAUUCUCCACCACUAUCUUCAUUGUACCCUUCUUUCCACCUUUCUUAGGGAUAGGGGGUGGCAUUUAUCUCUAGAUGACUGUUCCCAAGGAGAUGCCAUUCUUCUAUGCCUUGUUACUGGGAAGGAGAAAAGAACCCACUCACUCUUAUCAGCCCAGAGUGUUUAUCCGAUCCUCCCCCACCAUCCUUAGAUCUGUUCCUCAGGAGCUUGAGGAGGAGGUGGGGAUAGCAAGACCAUGGCAUGUGCUUUGUUACCAGGGCAUGGGGAAAGGGAGAAGGCCUCAGGUUUUCCAUCUUCAUUCAUCUUCAUUUUGUUUUUAGAAGGUAAGGCACGGAAUAGGACCAUUCCUGCCUUCCUGUACCCUUCCUUAUCUUCUGAUCUUGGGGGCUAGGUGUUUUCAUCUAUCCUUUAUCAGAAGUUUUUUCACCCUAGUAGUCCUGCUGGCCUGACCAGGACUGACUGGGUGGUCUGAUGAGGAGUGGGGGAGUGGGGUGACAUAGCAGACCUCAGUAUCAACUUCCCUGUUCUCCAACUAUCUCUUAUUUUCUAGCCCAAGAUGUGCUAAAGUAUGAAGAUUUUCUGUUGUUUCCAGGCCCUCAGACCAUCCUUGCUGUCCCUUCCCCUACCAUUCCUCCUCUCUUCGCCCGUUUGCCAUAAAUGCAUCUGGGGGUUGGAGUGGAGGAAAUAGAACCCUGAAGUGGUUGUCAGUGCUUGAGGGAUUCAGUGGGCUUCAGGGUCCUCCCCGCAUUAUUGUGUAGUUAUUCAGAAGUUGCUGCUACUGUGUCUGUUUGCAGGGGGUGCUCGUCCCUGAGGUCCUGGCCUGGGUCCUGACUUCUGCGGUUUCUGUGAAGCCGUAGCUGUUCAGUGGGCUCCUGUGUGUGCUGGCUGCGCCCUGAGCUCCAAGACAGCUGCCUAUAACUUUUCUGCUAAGGUCAGGCUCAGGGUCCCCCAUAGCAUGGCUAAAGGACCCCUUCCCAGAAGGGGUGUCCCAAGCCCCACUCUGUGGGUCCAGGCUUGCUGCCUCCUUUGUCUACAGCAAGCAGGCAGAUCAAUACCCUUCAUCCCAUCCCAGAUUGAACUGUGAAAGAGAGGUUCCAGGGGUAUCUCCCUCAGUGCCAGUUACUUAGUGAUGUGUUACCUAAGACCAGUGGGUGUGUGUAGGUAUCUUGCUCUCUAGGCCUUUGUGUGUGUGUGUGUGUGUGUGUGUGUGUGUGUGUGUGUGUUGGUGUUUGUGGGCUUGGGGGAGUUGGCGGUUCUAUUUCAUUUAAAAGUGUAUUUACUCCCCUGACCCCACAAACAAACUUUCUUUGUUCUUUUUCCUCAGACUUUUUAUUUUGUCCUACCCCAUAGUCUCGCCUUCCCUGAGCUCUUUCCUUUGCCUUCUCAAUUCAUUCACUGCUAUUGUUUGUCUUUUCCUUGUUUUUCCCUACUUAAGAUGCCCCACUCUGUAUCUUUGUGCUUGGUGAGGACUUUGCCUCUUCUCCUACCUUACUCCCUCUCUGACCCUCCCUAGUUAGAUGCCAAUCCCAAAUGAGUUUUCCUUAUUUCAGCCCUAAACCCCACUUUUUGGGGGGCGGGACUCCAGGGAUCAAUUUGAAGUUGAGAGUAUUAGGAAGCAGCCUUUGAGGUUGCCUUGGUGCUGCUCCAGAUUUGGCCAGCAGGGGGCAUUAAGUGGUCUUGGUAGUAUCCCUGGCUGCUAGGCCAUUGGCACGGGUGGUCCUUUCUACAUUCCCAUUUACUUAACAACUCUUUUGGGAUUGGGUGUUUCAUUCCAUUUCUGCUCACUCCCUCUCUUCUGGUAGGUUUAAUUGUAUGCUUUUCCUAGUUCCGGCUUUCUUUUUCCUGGGGACUCCCUCUCCCUCCACCCCCAAAGUUUGUUUGUGGUGUUAUAGUGGUAACUGCAGUUCUGAACUGGUUUUUCUCUUCUUUUUUCCUCCUCUGGAAUAUAGACUGUAUAUGUUUAAUAACUCACCUUCUCUAUCCUUGCUCAAAUGUGGGAUAACGCGAUGACUGUGACCCUGGUUGGAAAUUAAACUUGUUUUAUGCAGCUUU